AUGCCAUAUGUCUACUCAUUUGAGAACAAAAAUUACUGUUCCGCUAUUUUAUUAGAUAUUGUUCAAGCCUUCGACAAGGUCUGGCACACAAGACUCUUAUUAAAACUAAAAACAUUUCUUUCAGCCCCUUAUUUCAUAUUCUUUAAAUCUUAUCUAGAAAAUCUUCACAUUGUUACCAAAGUAGGCUCCGAAUUCUCCAACUUACCUCAUAUCCUAGCUGGUGUUCUCCAAGGCGCUAUUUCAUCUCUAAUUUUAUAUAAAUAUGCAGCAGACCAACAGACAUCAAAUCACACCUCCGUAGCCGAGUUCGCAGACGACAAAAUCAUAUUUACUUCUCACAUAGACCCACUUAUUGCCGGUCAAUAUUUACAAAAUCACCUUAAGGAUAUGAAAGAAUGGUACUCGAAAUGGAAGUUUAAAGUCAACAAUGAAAAAUGCUCCCAUAUGACUUUUAAGUUAAACAAAGGCAAUGUCCCUCCAAUAACGCUAUCCAACAAAAUAAUAAUACCGUCCUCCAAUGUUCGUUAUUUAGAAUUAAUAUUAGACAAAUGUUUUACCUGGGCCGAACAUGUCAAACAAAAAAUACUUUUGUUGAAUGCAUGA